GAGGGGGGCUCUGCCAGGGUAGACUGGAGCUACUGUGGGGGCCAGAGGCUAGCGUAGGGCUGCAUUCUCCCCUUAGCAGUGGUCUCUGCUGCAGGCUGGCGGAUCCCGCCAAACUCCGUUCUCAGAGAUCCUUUCUCACCCGAACGCCAUCUGGGCGUGGGCACUGGAGACCGGGGCCACCGAGAUUGCCAAGUCGGAUCUCGGAUCGCUCGAGAAGGGAUUUCCAAUCUCCAACUCCAGGACUCCAGGCCUCUCAGGACCACCCGCUUUCGGCCCUCACCCCCAUGGCGGACAAGAAACUGGUGGUGGUUUUCGGAGCCACAGAGCAAUCCCUUCUGAACGUCACUGAUUCUUGCAGCUGUGACCCAAGAGGGUCUUUUGGACUUUCUACAGGCGCCCAAGGGGGCUCGGUGGCCCGCACUCUGCUAGAUGAUGGGACUUUCAGGGUCCGAGUGGUGACCCGGAACCCUGAGCAGAGGGCAGCAAAGGAGCUGAAGCUGCAAGGUGCUGAAGUAGUGCAAGGAGACCAGGAUGACCAGGCGAGCAUGGAGCUGGCUCUGACUGGAGCUCAUGCCACCUUCAUUGUGACCAACUACUGGGAGAACUGCAGCCAGAAGCAGGAGGUCAAGCAGGGCAAACUCCUAGCAGAUCUAGCCAAACGCCUGGGCCUCCACUAUGUGGUCUAUAGUGGCCUGGAGAACAUCAGGAAGCUGACAACUGGGAGGCUGGCAGCAGGCCACUUUGACGGCAAAGGGGAAGUAGAGGAAUAUUUCCGAGACAUCGGCGUUCCCAUGACCAGCGUGCGGCUGCCCUGCUAUUUUGAGAACCUCCUGUCCUAUUUCCUGCCCCAGAGAGCUGCAGAUGGAAAGAGCUACUUGCUGGAUUUGCCCAUGGGUGAUGUCCCCAUGGAUGGCAUGGCUGUGAGUGACCUGGGUCCAGUGGUACUCAGCCUGUUGAAAAAGCCAGAAGAGUAUGUUGGGCAGAACAUUGGGCUCAGUACCUGCAGGCACACUGCAGAGGAGUAUGCCACCCUGCUCACGAAGCACAUUGGCAAGACUGUACACCAUGCCAAGACAACUCCUGAGGACUACGAGAAGCUUGGCUUCCCUGGGGCCCAUGACCUGGCCAACAUGUUCCGUUUCUACACCCUGAAACCUGACCGAAACAUUGAACUGACCCUGCAACUGAACCCCAAGGCCCAGACACUGGACCAGUGGCUGGAGCAGCACAAAGGGGACUUUGCCCUGCUGUGAUCUUGAAGUCUUUAGCUGGGGAAUGGGAGGCACAACUGUCCUUCCUUGUGUAUAGUUUUGUGUUUGUUUUUCAAAUAAAGCCAUUGUUCUCACA